AUGAAACUGUUGCCUCCAGAGCGGAGAUCGACUAUCGAUGACAUCCUGAACUGGUCAAAAACUGGUCUCGAAUGGGGAAAGCACAUCACUUCCGUUUUCCCCAUCCCUGGCGGUGUGUUGUCUCCGCAUCUUUUUGCUUUGGUUCUGAACACGUCCUUUGGGCAAUCGCAGGCUGCGAGGACCAAUGAAGAAGAUGUCGAAUCGCUGCUGAUUGAACUCAAACAACUUGCAGAGGUAGUCGGCAAGUCCAAGCACGACAUCGACGAUCAUAUCGAGUCAACGCUCGAAAAGGACCAAGUUCAAGGGGAGAACGCACUCCAAUCUCCGCGAGAGGUCGAAGACCAUUUCAAGAAGUUCGAACUUGAUUUGAGGGGCCUCAGCGACCAAUCCAAGGCUCUCAAGCACAGCAACUUUCUGCCGGCCUGGUUGUUCAGUAGUCGUGACGCUCGGACCAUAUCGAAGAUUAAGAGCGAUGUCGCGAAGGCCAGAGAAUAUUUCGAGACGAGUUGCUUGGUUGCUAUUCAGACGUGGCUGGAGAACAUAGAUAAGAAGCUGCAGCAUAUCACAGUUGCUGUGACGGAUAUAGGAGAUAGGGCGGAAGUUGAACGCAGGGAGGACGCGGACGACCGGAUUCUCGACGCCUUACCUCGCGCAGACGCAGGCUAUAACUCUUCCUUCAACCAACUCAAAGGACGUUUCCUGGAGGGGACGCGCGCCAAGCUUUUUGAGAAGCUGGAGGCAUGGAUCGAGGUCGAUUCGUCGCACAAGCCAAUAUGCGUUCUCACCGGGGGCGCCGGGACCGGCAAGUCUACUGUCGCAUUCGAGCUGGCGAAGCGCCUCGACGAACGGUACCAUCGACUGGGCGCCUCGUUCUUUUUCAUACGCGGUAUCGCCGACUUGGACUCCACUCGACUCUUCUUCCCUACCCUCGCAUACCAGCUGGCGCACUCUCAGGACGUCUUGCGAAAGCACAUCGUAGACUCAGCUCGUGAGCACCUGAAGAAAGGGAGGACCCAGGCGAUGGAACGCGAAGCGCCUGCUCUACUCCAUAAUCCCCUGAGCCUCGUGGGCAAGCAGGACCCUCCUAUCUUUUUGGUCGUCGAUGCAGUUGAUGAAUGCACUGAGGACCCAGUCAAGCUCGUACAGGAGAUGCUCGAUUUCCUCAUGGCCACGACACAACACGGGCCCAUUCGAAUCUUCCUCACUGUCCGUCCAGUGCGGCCCAUUGAGGCCAAACUUUCCUCUGCGAAGUGGACGACGGAUGUUCACACCAUCUCCCUCGAAACCUCCUCGAACGACGCCACCGCGGACAUCUUGGCAUUCAUCAAGGACAGCUUCUCUCGGAUUCCGCAAGGUCCGGAAUUACUCAAGAAGCGCGGAGACAUUGCGUACCGGCUCGCUCAGCAAGCUCAAGGCCUGUUCAUCUACGCCCGUACAGCGAUCGAUUUCCUCGAAACCUAUCCUGGGCCUCUCGAAGAGGGCGUAGGUUUCCUGCUUUCAGAUGUCGCCGAAGAAGCGGUCGCUCUGGGACCACUUGAUCAGCUCUACCUCGUGGUCCUGGAGAAUGCGUUUCCUCCUGCUCAUAUGCAGCAGCUCGUGCUGCGCGCACGCGUCCAGGUCGUGCUUGGAUGCGUCGCCGUGCUCCGGAAUCCUGUAUCACCACGCAUCCUGGAGAAGCUCACACUGCCGACCCGCAGGACGAUCACAUGCCAGGACACGGUGUCUGUCCUGGAUCGACUCCGAUCUGUGGUGAUCUUCGAGAAUGGCUCCGUCGACGAGGCCUUCCGCCCGAUGCAUGCAACAUUUUCUCAAUUUCUCGUUGAUCCGACGCGUUGCACGAACGCAUUGUAUCUGGUCGAUACGCAGCGUCAGCACGCGCACAUGGCAGAUGCAUGUCUCAAGGCAGUGCUAUCGCUCGAGCAGAACAUGUGUCGAUUGGAGGAGUCGGAGUUGGAGGGUUCCAUUCAAGACAUUGCUGACAUCGAGAGCCGUCUGAUCCACGUUCCUCAGCAUGUGCAGUACGCCUGCGUUUACUGGGUGGCGCAUCUUCGCGAGGCGUGCAGACCCUUGACGCAUGCUGGCCACGGGUGCUUCUGCGGCGACCUCGUGGUGCUACUUGAGAACUUCGUCGCGAACAAGAUGCUGCAAUGGAUGGAGACUCUGGGACUGAUGGGUAGGGUCGAUGGUGCGAUGGAUGCCCUUGGCGCGGCGAGAGAUUGGUUGCCUAGGGAGCCUCAGUACACCCACAUACGCGAACGUAUUAAUCACGGACGACAGAUACUCUUCAACCACACCGAUGGUAUACGCAAUUGCCCCCAUUCAGUGUACAAGGUCUCAACGCAGGAGGAUGGGGACUUCACACUCAACGCCAUUCUCCGUCAUCGUCCUGCGAUUGUAAGCGACUACGGGGCCUGA